UGCGGAGCGGCCGCGCGGCUGUCUAGGAAACGGCGGCCUCUGCGGGCCGGGCAGUCGGCGGGAACUGGGCAGGGGGCUGGGGGCUGGGGACUCGGCCGGCGCCAGGGCCUGAACGGAGCGCGCCGGUUUCGUGGCGUGGAUAUAUCUGCUUCUAAUGUGGCUGUAAUUGGCACGCUAUCCCAUACCAAAGUACCUUUUGAGAAGAAAAAGAGGUGAACUAUAAAGUGAGAGCCAGUUUCAUCUCUACUCUGCAAUCUAGGAGAAAAACUUCCACCCGAGGACAGAUCGGAUGUGAUGCUUGGAGCUGCAGUGACCAUCUUGAAAGCAUUAGGCAACAAACACGAAUAUUAAAAGUAAAUACACUCAGGAGGGUGAAGCAAAAAUAUUGAAGAUAUGGAUCGCACCAUUGAUGGGUAAACACCAACCUUAGCAGUCACCAGUUCAAGAUUUUUUGUCUUGUGAGAGAAGUGAAUCCAUAUUUGUUUAUGCUGUUGUGAACUGAGUUGUCUGUUGCCUGCAAUCCAAAGCAUUCUAAACUGAUGCAGUAUAAAUGUCUCUUUCCUAGACUGCAACCUCAAGGACAGUUUUUAUUUGUUGAUUCAUUUUUACCGUGAAGUCUUAUUAGUAAAUAGUUAUAUGAAGUGAGGAAAAUAUUUUUUUUCCAAUGGACAAUGGAAUUUUUAAUGGUAUAUUCACAUAAAAGAACACUAUACAGCAGUGAACAAUCUACAACUGCAUAUGGCAAUAUGGAUGAACCUCAGAUAUAUAAUGCUGAGUGAAAGGAGCAGACAUAGGACUUCGCUGGCAGUCCAGUGGUCAAGACUCUGUGCUUCAAAUGCAGCAGGCGUGCGUUUGAUCCCGGAGGAAAAGAUUUUUUAAAAAAAACUUUGACAAUAGCCUGAUUCACAUAUAAAUUGCAUUAUUGAUGCGUUACUGUUGACAGGCAUCUCCUCCAUAUGUGACUUAUCUUACAUUUUUACUUUUUGGAACAGAAUAUUGGCAUGGCUCAGCGUGCACAUUUAAUGUAAUUAGGGAACACCUUUUGGAAAUUGGUUUCUCCUGCUGAGGUAUACAGCAAGAAAAGCUAAAAAUUGUUACAACCAAAUAGAAGUCUUCAGGAAGAAAUUGCUGACUGGAGUAGAACAGAUUCAAUGUGCUGUUUUUCAACCCUAAACUUUUGACCAAGAAUGAAACUAUUUAAAAAUUAAGAUGCCAACAGAUCAUGAAGAGCCCUGUGGUCCCAGUCAUAGGUCAUUUUGCCUGAAUGGAGGGAUUUGUUAUGUGAUACCUACUAUUCCCAGCCCAUUUUGUAGAUGCAUUGAAAAUUAUACAGGAGCUCGUUGUGAAGAGGUUUUUCUCCCAAGCUCCAGCAUCCAAACUAAAAGUGACCUGUUUGCAGCUUUCGUGGCAUUGGCUGUUCUUCUAGGAACUCUUAUCAUUGGAGCCCUCUACUUCCUUUGCAGGAAGGGCCACCUUCAGAGGGCCAGUUCGAUCCAGUAUGAUAUCAGCCUGGUAGAGACAAGCAGUACCAGUGUCCACCACAGUCAUGGAGAACAUUGAAGAAAUAUCACAGUGAACCCAAAUCACUGCUUUUUUGUUACAAAGGCAGAAAAUGUAACACCAAAAGGAUUUUCAUUAAGCAGACUCAUUCCCUUUCUACAAAUGAAAACCAAGUCAGUCAUCUAAAAUCUCAAUUUCAAAUCAAGAGGAUUUAGUCUUCUGUUUUCAUUAAAAUGGAAUUUAUGGUGGUGCUCAAAUGGGUUAGACUGGGCACAAAAUGACAGAAGUAGAUUUUUUUCUCAAAAAUUUCUGCAGAAUGCCUAGGAAAUUCUCAGAUUUGUAAACGUUUAUUUUACAUUCUUUGCAUGUUCAUUGUGUUAAGUUUGUAAUAUAAAUUAGUGGCAAAACUCUUGCUGUUUGGCUUCUCUUACUAGGUUGAAAAGUUGUUUUAUUUACCAAUGAUGCAGGUUUAAGCAAAAUUGAGAAUUAAUUACAGUAGUGAACUGGCCUUCUGGACCUCCUUCAUUACUCUAGCUCACAGACUAUUAAUUAUAACAAUGUGUAGGGUGUCUGUUUUGAGAUCUUAAUUCCAAGCUUCCUUACUCUUUUUUAUAUUGCUACUUGGCAUUUCAAGGAGUUUAUUCCUUUGAAGCAGCCUUUAACAAGGCAAAUUGUAGCUGCAGAAAGAUUCUGCUUUGAAAGCACAUUAAGGAAAUCAAUAUUUUUUAAACACCUUGAUUAAACUAUCCUAUCCUUGUCACUUGAUAGAAGACAGCUCAGUAUUGUAAAGAAAACAGUAAGGGUACAUCUUCUCUUUUUGUGCUCAUGUCAGCUUUUUCAUGUGAUCAUUUUUCCAGUUUCACAAAUAACUACAACAGUUGCCAUUUCUAGGAAUUAUGUUUUUAGCUGAAACAGUAACUUUUUCUUUAAUGCCUGCUUUUAAGACAAGCCUUUCAAAACCAUAAUAAAUUGUUUUAACUUUGGUUAAAUUAUCAUCCCCCCCCCCCCAACUUCCACAGAAAUGUCAAAGCCUCUGAGAGGCAGGGCCAAUAACUUUUGUUUUCAUCAGUACUACUCCUUCAAUUGGUUCAACUUCUUCCCUUUCUAUUUUGCACCAGGGUUACAAUCUUGUGGCCAAAUGAAUUUACUGUUCCUAACAAGCUCCAAAGUCUCAGCUAUAAAAAGGAGCCAUAUAUUAACCUCGAAUACUGUAUGAAAUGACCUUGCAGCAGACUCUCCUUUGAGUAGUAAUAAAACAUUUUAUGUAUUAAUUUGAAAAAAAUAAAACAGUUCAUUCAACCA